AUGGAAAAUUCCAGAUGUAAUAAACAAUUCAAUACAGGGUUUAAUCUUAUCAUAGGAAGCAAUGGUAGUGGGAAGUCUGUGAUCUUUGAAAUCAUAAGACGUUGUUUGUCCACUAAAUUGAGUGCAACCAUAACCUCUACCUAUGGCGAAAGUAAAGUGUCAUUCGCUGUAUGUAGAUAUGUCAAUGUGUCUGCAGAUCUAAAUACCAUGCUAUCUGGAAUAUACAAGCAACUGGGAGACGAACCGAAGCAAACUACAUAUGUUAAAUUUGUCAUAUUCCAAUCCAGUGAAAAGCAGUAUACUUGUUGUGCCAAUAAGUAUGCUUGCAAAGAAAGGAAUAUUUUAUCGGAAGAUACGAUCAUGUCAUCAGAAAAUAUAUACGUCACUGAAAAGAAAACACCAAAUAUUUAUAUUUUUUUGAAACUCGGAGUAGUUCCAAAACGUAAAGAUGAAGAUGCCGUUGAAAAAGAGAUUAUCAAUUUAUUCAAUGAAUGUGACUUUCAACAAAAAUGGGACAAAAAUAAAGGCAUGAAAGGUUUUAAUAAACAAUUAUUUGAGGAAACACUGUGGAAACUCACUAAUCCAAAAAAAAAAUACACGCUUAGUCUAGAGGAAAUUAAUGAAAGUAAUGUGUUAAGAAAGUUGGUAAAUAUUAACGGCAAAGGUUUAAUAAGGGCCCCAGAAGGUGUAAUAGAGGCAGUGCAAUUCGCUCUGAUAUACUUUUGUAGAGAUUACUACACGAUAUGUUUAGAGGUACCAGAUAGAGGCAUGCACUCGCACAUGGUAGAACGCUUAAGGGAUGUCAUUUACAGAUCAAAAAAAAUUUCUUCUAAAAGUCUAUGCGUUGAAGGAAAAGAAGACAAAAUUCUGAUAAAUGCAAUUUUUGACUACCUGGUAGAGCACAUAAAAGAAGAUGAAAAUUAUUUUAUUUUUGGCGAUUUACAAAUUAGUCGUGAGGAAAUUCAGUAUUUUUCAAGCCAUCAAAAGGUUGCAUUCGGUUCAUACACGAUGGAAGGAACGGUUCGACGAUGACGUAAUAAAAUUAAAUUGAACUGCACAAGUCUGUUAGAUUUAGAUGCAUUUGUC